UCUGCUGAACGCAGCCAUUGAUGCAUCGUGACGAUAGACAUAGGUUAUAAUUUUACCGCCGAGAUUUGUUUGGAACGUUUAUUUAUCAUUAUAAACUGACGUAUGCGAUACUGAAUAUACGAUCACAGUGAUCUUUCGCAAAUUAUCAUGCUGUUUUAUUCCUUCUUCAAAUCCUUGAUCGGAAAGGACGUAGUGGUCGAAUUGAAGAAUGACCUCAGUAUCUGCGGCACGUUAUAUUCUGUUGAUCAGUAUCUAAACAUAAAAUUGGCCGAUAUUAGUGUAACAGAUUCAGAGAAGUAUCCUCACAUGUUAUCAGUAAAAAAUUGCUUUAUCCGUGGAUCUGUAGUACGAUACGUACAACUUCCAGUGGAUGAGGUAGACAUCCAUCUUUUAACUGAAGCGGCACGGAGAGAAGCAAUGAAUGCUCAAGCAAGAUAGCUCAUAAUUUCACUAAAUGUAUUACUUA